GCGCGGAAGGCGCGUCGCCCUAUUAUGUUCAGAAUCCAGACUUCCAGAGUCCUUAUCAAAUUAAAUGAUACUUAGGGUGGUCCGCACCCACAUGGCCUACUAUAUACUACUAUAUAUACAUGAUUCCCAUUCCUCUUACUCACAUGACCUACUAAGUCUUAACAAUUUUCUCUUUCUUUUCCCAAUUCAACAUGUCUUCUCUUCUACUCAUGCCCAUGGUUUUAGCUGUAUUCUCUCUUCAAUUUCCUCCAAGUGCUUAUUCAUCAACAUUUACAAUCAGGAACAAGUGUAGCUAUCCAGUUUCGCUGGGAAUUCUCUCUGGCGCAAGAACACCAGAACUGUCCACCAAAUGUUUUCUUCUCCAGGCAGGGGAAUCCACAACCCUCUUUGUCCCAACAUCCUGGUCAGGCCGUUUAUGGCGAUGCACUCUCUGCACCCAAGAUUCCUCCGGUAAAUUCUCUUGUCUCACAGGAGAUUACGGUUAUUCCACUAUGGCAUGCUCUGGUGGUGCUGCUGCUCCACCUGACACUGCAACCAAAUUCACAUUAAACGUUGCAGGGGGGCUUGAUUUUUAUGCCGUGAGUCUUGUGGACCCAAUGAUGGUGGUCCUUCAGGGUGGGACUGGAUACGCCGCCAAUUUGAACGAGGAUUGUCCGGUGGAGCUUAAGAUCAUUGAUGGGAGCAACGAAGGAGUGGCGUGCAAGAGCGCUUGUGAUGCGUUUAGAGACCCUCAGCAUUGCUGCAGUGGCGCGUGCACAUCACCGGGCACCUGCAAGCCCAGUUCUUGCUCGGAAUUCUUCAAGAACGCCCGCCCUCCAGCUUAUACCUAUUCAUAUGACGAUGGUACCAGCACCUUCAUCUGUGUUGGCGCAGAUGACAUCAUUACUUUCUGUCCUGGUCUUUCCACCAGGUUGAAUUUGAUAGCAAAUGCGGCUGAAACAAAGCCCUGCACCUACAAGAAACUCCCUGCUGAAAUAAAGCUCUUCCCUGCGGAAACAAAACCCUGCACCCACAAGAAAUUCCCUGCUAAAACAGAGCCUUUCCCUAGCCACGUUGUUCAUGCCCUUCCUCGUAACCGCAGGCUGCUUUGGAAUUUGGAUAAGGUCGACCCGCCGACCCCUCCAGCCCCGAGUGGCAACCCACCCAUCCAUGAAUAAGCUUGGUGUAGCCAUUAGCAGUACUGGUUUCAAAGCUUUAUGCUGGCAGGUCAUGGAGAAUAAGAGCAUUAUCCCUACUAACGGCGGAAGAUAGUGCCACUACUUAGAUUUCCAUGGAAUAUGCUACUACACUAAUUCCUCACCUUACGAGAAUCCAGUGCAUUUGCAUGAAGAUUUCGUUUUUGUUUUUGUAGAUUUGAUUUCCUGUUCUGUUCUAAGGUGUUUCGUCUGUGUUUGGGUCUACAUACAAUCAGAUGGUCUUGUAUCUUUGCUUUGAGGUCUAUGGUUCUGUCCAUUGUGCCUGUUUGAAGGAGCACGUUUUACCAAUUAAAAUAUCAAUAUUUCU